AAGGAAAACUGGUUUAGCAACCAGCCUUAAAAGCUUCAGCAGACAAUUUUGAAUAAAGGCAAGCUGGUAAAGGCAGACGCUAAAAUGUUGACCAUAAGUCAAGCUCUUGUAGCAGUGGCUGCAUUUCUUCUAAUUACGCAGUUUUUAAAGUUGCAACGAGCACGGAGACAGUUUCCUCCUGGACCAGUCCCUCUCCCAGUCCUUGGGACACUGAUACAGCUGAACUUUCAGUUUAAUCGUGAUCUCCUCAUGAAGCUGGCAAAAACUCAUGGCAACAUAUUCACCUUAUGGUUUGGAUGGGCCCCAGUGGUUGUACUGAAUGGAUUUCAAGCAGUGAAGGAUGGCAUGACCACGCACCCUGAAGAUGUUUCUGGGAGGCUGGUGUCUCCUUUUUUCAGAGCAAUGGCCAAAGGAAAGGGAAUUAUGUUGGCAACUGGUCACACCUGGAAACAGCAGAGAAGGUUUGCUCUGAGGACUUUGCGCAACCUUGGUCUGGGGAAAAGAGGUCUGGAGCAUCGAGUUCAAGAGGAAGCCCACUACCUGGUAGACUUCUUUGCAAGUAUGAAAGGGAAACCUGUGGAUCCUUCUUUCCCCCUGGUCCACUCUGUCUCAAAUGUAAUUUGUGCUGUUGUGUUUGGACAUCGUUUCUCCAGAGAGGAUGAGACCUUUCACGAGCUGAUUAAAGCUACAGAAUAUCUCUUCAAAUUUGGGGGCAGCUUUAUUCAUCAUCUGUAUGAAAUCUUCCCCUGGCUGAUGAGCCAUCUCCCUGGGCCUCAUAAGAAGGCGUUGGCUUGUUAUGAUGUCCUGAGCAACUUUACACGGAGAGAGAUCCGAAUGCACACAGAGCACGGGAUACCAGAGGAACUGCAGGAUUUCAUUGACUUCUACAUGGAUCACAUUGAAAAAUCCAAAGAUGAACCCAAGUCAACAUACAAUGAAGACAACAUGGUUUAUUCUAUAAAUGACCUUUUCUUGGGCGGAUCAGAGACAUCAAGCACUACUUUGAACUGGGGCCUGGUCUAUAUGGUGGCAAAUCCAGACAUCCAAGAGAAAGUGCAGAAGGAGCUGGAUGCCGUUCUGGGUCCCUCCAAGUUAAUCUGCUAUGAGGAUCGGAGAGAACUGCCCUACACGAAUGCUGUGGUUCAUGAGAUCCAGCGCUUCAGCAACAUCAUCUCAGUUGGCAUGCCCAGGGUGUGUGUGAGGAACACAACCUUGCUUGGCUUUCCCCUCAAAAAGGGCACCAUAGUUCUUCCAAAUAUUGCUUCAUCUUUGUAUGACCCAGAGCAGUGGGAAACACCUCGCCAGUUCAACCCUGGUCACUUCUUGGAUAAGGAUGGAAACUUUGUGGCCCAAGAAGCAUUCUUACCAUUCUCAAUAGGGCACCGGGUGUGUUUGGGGGAGCACUUAGCAAGGACCGAGCUCUUCAUUUUCUUUGCCAGCCUGCUGCGGGCGUUCACCUUCCAGCUCCCCGAGGGCGUGAGCAAGAUCAGCACUGAGCCUGUUCUGGGGGGCACACUGCAGCCCCACCCCUACAGGAAAUGUCCAGGGGAUGAGAGCCCAGCACAUGAGCCAUGGCAGCAGCAGGAUGUCAGAGGGAAGCUCACAGCACCAAGAUGGGAGAGCUGUGCUUUUCAGAGCCUUUGCAUCUGCCUGACCUAUUUUAAAAGUGAGUCACUUGAGCUUAUCUUCUAAUAAAGCCUGGUCUUUUUGAGCUUUUAAAAGCCUUUUUAAAACCUGGCUGAUACUGCCACAGAAGGCCAAUGAAGCUGAGAGUAGAUUUGAGAGAAGCCCAGCUCCCACACAUGAAGUAUGUGCCAACCCUCUCAGCUUUGGCUGUGUGGUGUCACCUCCAAUCAGGCUGCUGAGCUUUAAGGGGUGUCUUGGAGACACCCCCUCACAUGCAUAUCCUUCAUUCCUCUCUCUUAUAUUCUUCAUUUGCUUCUAUGUUAUUUCUCAUAUCUUCCUCAGGCUCCAUUUUUGUAGUGGUGUUUGCACCUGCUCAAGAAUAUAGGGGGAAGUCUGGCUAUAAAGGAAAAUACAGAAAAUGCAGAGAGGAAAAUCUGAAGAUUUUGGGUUCAUGUAGCUCUUGGAGAGGCUCAGAGCCUUAUGAAUCUGUGAUGCUCAUCUGACAUCCUUUUCACUGAAAGUUUAUAUGCAAAGCAAAUAUAAGUAGAAAAGAAAAAAAUUCUGUAUUUCAAGUAGUGUAAUGAGGAAAAAGGAAACUGGUGUUUUCUCAAAACUGCAGUAUAUCAGGAAGGCUCUCCGGCAGAUGGGAAACUUAAUGGCUUUUUUGGCUUUUAUUGUCAAUGAAAAUGGCCAAUGCAUUCAACAUCACUGGUGUUCAGGCAAGACUUCUGUCUAGGUUAGGAAGGAGAAGUUAGAAAAUAGCUAGAUAAAUGUGAUGUUUUCAAAUUGGCUGAGCUGAUUCAUCCCAGGGCACUUAGGGGAACAGUAUCAACCUCAGAGCUAUUAGCAAUUAUCUAUGAAAACCUGUGGAGGAUGGGAAAAGGUCAAACAUUUCCUUGUCUUCAGAAGGUAAGAGAAGUUGCAGUGUUAUAAAUCAGUCAGCCUGAUUGCACUUCUCAGAAUAUCUUGCAAAUAAUCAAAUUGUAAGCACUGGGAGGAAAACAGAGUCAGUGCUCUCCAAAUAAUGUCAAAGUUACUUAGUUCUGUUUGAUGACAUUGCUAGAGGUCUGUUUUCAGAAGAGAAGCUGUUAAUGUAAUUUACUGCUCUUUAAUGUGGCUUUGACACUAUCUCACGAACUCUGUGGAAAUGUGGUGUGUCUGAAGCUUGAUAAAACUUCAUGGAAACGUCAGGAAAUGUGUAUGAACAGUACCAUGUCAAACUGGAAAGCUACACUGAAUAGGAUUCUGUCCUGCAUCUGGUACUAUUCAAUACUUAAUUGAGGACUUUGAUAGUAAAAGCACCAGACCUGGGUUAGGCCUAAUUUCUUGAUGCCACCAGAUCCAAACUGAUGUCUGCAGCAAGGUAAGAAAGAGGUAUUCCCAAACUUGUCUAAAGUCAAAGAAACUUCGAUGCAGGACCGUUUUAUUUGGAUUUAUCACCUUUGUGAAAGUGUGAAGGUGCCAUAACAUGGAUACUUCUCCUUAGUAGUUUCAAUGUCACAAAGCUGAAAAGGUGAGAGAGACCCUAUUCCAGCAUCUCUCAUUAUUCCCUCCUUCCUUUCUUCCUAGAGUCACAGUUUUCUCUGGGUCAUUUCUCUGGGAUUUUGUUUCUUGAUCAUUAUGGUUUCCACAGAGCAGUAAGCUGCAGCAGAAGGAUACAUUUUAGUUUUGCAGUGACUCAAAAUGCCUCUAAAAGCUCCAGAAUUCAAACACAAGUUUGCUGUCCUGAGCUAAAAUAUUUACUUUGGAUAUUCUUGAAUAAGAGACUCAGUGGUAAAAUCAGGAACUUUUCACUAGGAAUUUCUGAGACAGGUUAUUUAAAACUGUAUUAAUCCAUUGAAAUUGUUGGACUAAAAAAUCCCAAUGAACUGUACUAAUUUGAAGUAAUAUUUCAGCUGAGUUUGGGAUAUCUUUUGCUUAGUGAAAAGCUUAUGAACUCUUCCUAAUAUCUUCAAAGAAAUCACAGCCUGUGGUUUUUUUAGCCAAACACUCCAGGAACUAUUUAUUUGCUGUCCUGCAGUGUGACAUUCUAAUGUUAAAGGAAUAACGAUAACAAAAUUGCAGCCCUUUCUCUGAACAGUUUAUGAGAUACAGCAAAUGAGACUAGAGAUGAGCUAAUAAUAUGAAUAUAUUCUGUGGUCAGCUGAUGAUAUGAUGGUAUUCUACAAAGCUGCAUUUUAAGGAGCAUUACAGAGAAAAUGAAAAAAAAAAAACAAUUGGAGUGUUUUAUAUUAUAUUCUUUUUGAAGUAACUUUUUUGAGCACUAUUAAAGUGCUUAUUUCUGUGGUGCAGUCACAUGAGCAUCAGCUCUGCCUUGUAAAUUCAGGUUGGACUGACAGCUACAAGCUAUGGGUGACUCUGGUAUCUCAGGUAAGACAGGCAGCUUCCCUUAGCCUACUCGUGGGUAGUUUUGGGAAGGGACAAAUGUCACCACCCACCGCUAAUAUUGAGGGUAUCAGUAGCUUCAGCACUCACGGACAGCAACCUAUAUCCUAGAGAAAUGCAGGCCAUGAUGGGACCUGCAGGCAGAGGUACAUGGGACUCCAGGCUUGCCACUCUCUGACACUAUUGUGGCAUUGGCCUGCCCUGGCAGAACUGGGCACAGCCCUGUGGGAGCCCCCUGUGUAGGGAUCUAGUCCUGAUAUGUGUGUUGGGUCUGAUGCUGCAGCUUAGGGAAGCUGUCUGUCCUCAAGCAGAACACCAAGAGCUGUCAGGAAGCGUGCUGGCUAAUUCAGCAUGGAUCAAGCGGGAACUCCCCAGCACAAAAUGAUCCCGUGUUGAUAUUUCAGCUGCUCCGAGGCACCAGGCAGAGGGCAGCAGAGGCCGUCAGCUGCUGCCUUUAAACACACCUGUGUUACCAGGGGACGCUGGAGUUCAUCACACCUUCAUUUGCCGACUGCAUGGGACUGGUUGAGGAUGAGAUCCAAAUGCUACAAUACAAUGUCCUUAAUAGAUUUCUUGGACCUUUUGGUAGAACAGUGUCUGCACGGUUUCUUGAUUACGUGGAUAUUAUUUACCAUGACCGUGCUCUUCUGCACUCUGAUCAAGAUAAAAUGUUCAUGAUUUUCUCUGUACUCACAGUCUCUCCUACAUGAGGGAAUGCAGUACACCAGGCAAGCUCCCAAAUGAACUAGUGUGUGCCUUGCACUAACUUUCAUUUUCUCUAGGUGAGAUAGUGGCAUUUGACCAGGCCCAGACAUUGGAAAAACGAAGUAAUUAUACAAUUUGAAACUAAGAAUCAUGUCCAUGAGGCUCAGAAGCAGAAUAUUUAUUUCAUUUGCCCUGCCUCUCUCCUUUCCUUUCUGUUAGGUACUGCCAAGAGAAAAGAGAAAACUUUGAGAUAAUUAAAACAAACAAACAAACAAAUCCAUACCAACACCAAAUAUCCCGCCCCCCACCCUUUCCCCC